AAGAGCCGUUUCUCUCUCUACUCUCUCUCCUCUUUUCAACACACUCAUAACUCAUUACACUCUCUCUCUCUUUAUUCUGUUAUUAUUACUUCAUCCUCUUUCCCCUUCUCCUCCCAUCUCCAAACUAAUUAUGUAAAGCCACCAAAAGCAAGCAAAAAAGGCUUUCCUGUAAAGAAAAAAAAAAAAACAAACUUCAAAGAAAAAAAAAAGAGCUUGUGCCGAACGAGAAAUGGCAGCAGCUGCCAUUACUUCAGUGUUGCUAAUCAGCAUUUGCUUAUUACUUGGCUGCGCUUUUGCGGAAGAUCCUUUUGUUAACUACGAUUUUGUAGUUUCCUACAUCACUGCUUCUCCGCUCGGAGUUCCUCAACAGGUAAUUGCUGUAAACGGCAAAUUCCCAGGCCCCACUAUUAAUGUGACAACCAACAACCAUCUUGUUGUCAAUGUGAGAAACAAAUUAGAUGAAAAUCUCCUACUCCACUGGUCUGGAAUACAGCAGAGGAGGAGUUCAUGGCAAGAUGGGGUACUCGGAACAAAUUGCCCAAUCCCUCCGAAAUGGAAUUGGACUUACCAAUUUCAAGUCAAGGACCAAAUUGGAAGUUUCUUUUACUUCCCUUCACUCAAUUUUCAGAGGGCUUCCGGCGGUUUCGGCAGCAUUAUCGUUAACAACAGACCGGUUAUCUCUAUCCCUUUCGACACCCCGUAUGGUGACAUCACUGUUGUGAUCGGUGACUGGUACACGCAGAAUCACACGGCAUUGCGGAAAACUCUUAAUGCGGGUAAAGAACUUGGGAUGCCGGAUGGUGUUCUUGUUAAUGGCAAAGGACCUUACAGAUAUAAUGACACUCUUGUCCCUGCUGGCAUUGACCAUGAAAAAAUUACGGUCGAACCAGGCAAGACUUACAGGAUUCGAGUGAGCAAUGUUGGAAUAUCGACGAGUUUGAACUUCAGAAUACAGAGCCACAACUUGCUACUAACAGAAACAGAGGGGUCUUACACUGUACAGCAAAACUACACUACGGCAGGCAGCUCAAAUUACUACACUGUCACGUAAAGGUGAACUUUUCAAAAUGCAAGCAGCGAUUAUUACAUUGUUGCAAGUGCAAGAUUCGUUAAUGAAACCACCUGGCAGAGAGUGACAGGUGUCGCCGUUCUGCACUACACUAAUUCGAAAGGAAAGGCAUCUGGUCCUCUUCCCGAUCCACCUCAAGACCAGUUCGACAGAACCUAUUCCAUGAACCAGGCUAGAUCUAUCAGGUGGAAUGUGUCGGCUAGUGGUGCUCGCCCAAAUCCUCAAGGUUCAUUUAGAUACGGUUCGAUUAAUGUGACUGAAGUAUACGUUCUGGAAAACAAACCGCCAGUGACUAUUGACGGAAAACGGAGAAGUACUUUGAGUGGAAUUUCGUUUGCGAAUCCAGCUACACCUAUAAGGCUUGCAGAUGAAUAUAAAGUGAAGGGUGUUUACAAACUCGACUUUCCAACUCGUCCACUAACAGGUGCACCUCGGAUAGGUACAUCGGUGAUUAACGGUACUUACAGAGGAUUUAUGGAAGUUAUAUUGCAGAACAACGAGACUAAGAUGCAUACCUAUCACAUGAGCGGAUACGCCUUUUUUGUCGUCGGCAUGGACUAUGGUGUGUGGACCGAGAAUAGCAGGGGCACGUACAACAAGUGGGAUGGGGUUGCUCGCUCUACAACACAAGUAUAUCCCGGGGCGUGGACUGCUAUAUUGAUAUCAUUGGACAAUGUGGGGGUUUGGAACCUGAGAACGGAAAACCUCGACUCUUGGUAUUUAGGACAAGAGACGUAUGUGCGCGUUGUUAAUCCAGAGCCCAAUAACAAGACGGAGUUUCCAAUGCCGGACAAUGCACUCUUCUGUGGCUCUCUUAGCAAACUCCAGAAGCCACAAGACACAUCUGUUGCAACCUCGAUCAAGUACCGUGGCCUUAACUUGGUCUACACCUCGAUGCUGAUGGUGUCUGCAUUGAUCUCGAUGUUCUAUUGAUAAGUUGAAAUUGGUCUUGCCUGCUUUAUUGUUUUGUCGGAGCGGGAGCCUGUUUGCAUUGUGCCCUUUUUGCUUACUGAGGAUUGCUGAUGGUGCAUGUGUGAUUCUAGUAUAAAUUGAUAUGAAUUUUUAGCCAAUUUUUUUUUUGUAAGUUAUUUGGAAUUAUCAUUCUUUCAUCACUUUUUAACUAUAUGUAAUGUCCGAGGAUUCAUCAAUUUUUUUUUUCUUUUCCAUUUAACUUGUCUUGUUGCUGCAGAACUUGUGCUUGUUGAUUUUGUUCACAUU